CGCAGUGCCGUCAAGCUUCUUAGGGUACUGGUACAGAAAAUCUGAGGAGGUAUUGAUUACUGGCUCCGAUCAAGUUCAUCAAUAUCCUGGGAGGGUUUGCCCAUAAUAGCGUCGCUGGGCAGACUGGUCAUGGCAUGGCAGUUGGCUAGCCUGAUUGCAAGUAGAGGCAAAACCAUCGCCUUCAAACAGAGCAACACUUCGAAGAGCAUACAAGGAACACAUCCUGCAACGUGCCGCCUUGUGUCCGUAAACCUGAGGCGAAGCUGUUUAUGUUAUGUGCCUGCAAUUAAACUGGCAACCACCUCCUUCAGACCGGAACUUAGUAUUGUAACAAUGCUGCUUUGCGGCAAUAAUAAGUGUGGCCGUAGUACUUAACCGUGAAGUUCUUCAGAAUACAAGUGUACUGAAGAUGCCAGUUAAUUCUUUAUUGGAAAAUAAAAGAGGUGUUGAGAAAUCCAAACUUUCGCUGUCACUCAAUAGAAAUAAUGCUAAUAAAUUGAGCAAUGAAAAUAAACCUGCGAGUCUAAAAAAUAUCUGUAUUCGCCCGGAAACCAGCGGCAAUAAAGAAAAUAAUCCAGCGAAGAGGCCUUUUGGAGGCACGUAUCAUAAUACAUUACAAGCUGCAAAAAAGUUAAAACCUCUAACAGACGUGGCUAAGAUUCAAGAGUCUCGGCUGGUAGUUCAGGUGCCAUUAGGAAACUCUGCCAUGUUGAAUGGCCACCACCCAUCAGACAACCAGUACAGUGGGAGUACACAAUGGAAGGCUCCCAUUGCAACUCUUUCCAAUCUUGGGAAUACUUGUUUUCUGAACAGCGUGCUUUAUACUCUAAGAUAUGCACCCCAGUUUGUCCACAAUCUCCACCAUUUGGUAUCAGACCUCAGUAGAGUGGAACAAAAGCUGGGAAGCAUUAGGUUAAAGAGCUCCUCGCUAGGCCGCAGUGCGGCGGGGCUCGCGUCAUCCGGGACCAGGUCUUGGAGCAGUAAGGACUUGCUGUCACUCGGACAGGCGGACAGUAGUGCGACUAAGAGCAAAAUACAGAUAGCAACAGAAAAACUCCACGAGACAUACCUGAGCCUGCGAGCUGCUGAGAGCAAAUGCCUCCACUGCGGUGCGACUGACGCUAUACCAGAGCCUUAUGCCGCUGAUUCCUUCCUCGCAGCUCUGAGAGAAGUCAAUUCGACCUUUGAAGGCAAUCGUCAACAAGACGCCCACGAGUUACUGGUGUGUAUCCUAGACAGCAUACGAGAAACGUGCCGAGCACUCGGCGCGCGUGCAUCGAGGCUGCAACUACAAGAAAAUGGUGACAGCAACGGGAUUGGACGCCAACCGAACCUGGACGUCGACGGUGGUAAAACGCUAGGCAAUCUGCGCAAGUCCUGGAAAAAACGCAAGGAAGUGAAGACGAACGAGAAACGGAACUCACCCUCGGAAGAGCGACCACCCUCACCAGAUCCCGAGAAAGAAGAACGGUCUCGACCCGGCUGGGAUUUUGUUGCAGAUGACUUUGAAGGCAUGAUGGUAGUCCGGACAAUGUGUCUCGAAUGUGAAGCGGUGACUGAGAAAGCUCAGGCAGUGUGUGAGCUCUGUGUACCAGUGGGGGAAGAUGACACAGCCGAGGAACCGUUUCGAUCUGCAUGCCUCUCCAGUGAAUACCUACGCGACCAAAACAAGUACUGGUGCGAGCGCUGCCUGCGCUACAACGAAGCGCGGCGAAGCGUAGCGUACUCGCGCCUCCCACGCCUGCUGGUGCUGCAGCUAAAGCGAUUCAGCGGCGGCAUGGAGAAGAUCACCCGCCACGCGCCCACGCCGCUGCUCAUGCCGUGCUUCUGCGAGCCGUGCGCGAAGCGGGCGCCCGACCACGAACCCGCUCACAGAUACAUCCUGUGGGCGGUAAUAAUGCAUCUCGGUCAAACACUCACUGGCGGACACUACGUCGCGUACGCGCGGGACAGCUCGCAAGCGGACACCAAGUGCGAGCGGGAGGGGGGAGGGGACGCGUCCACGGCAAACAGCGGCUCCAGCUUCAUGAGGUCACUCUUCAACAGGCCCCGACCUUCACCUGCUGGUUGCACUGCCAACGAGUGCUGUGUCCCCAGAACCAGGCCAGAAGCAUGCUGGCUUGCCUGUGACGAUGACCUAGUCAAACCCAUAUCCAAUGAAGAGUUUGAGGAUCUCCUCUCCGCGGAACCCAAAAUGAGGUCUGCGGCUACACCAUACCUUCUUUUCUAUGUCAAGAGUGAAAUUGGCUAGUUUAUCAAAAUUGUUGUGUAUGCGACCAAUGCUCGUCAAGUAAUGUGUCAUCGGGAGGGUAUUAUAUUAAAUAUUGUACAACAUAGGCGACUCUUGUCGGCACAUUUUACUAUCGUAUUUAAUUUCAAUUAUUUAUUUACCGACACAAAAUUUGUAAUAUAAACGCGGCAUUAGAUGGUUCAUCUGUUGUAAGCACUUUUUUUAAUAGAAUUUGCAGACACUCUUCUCAAACUUCAUCACAUAAUAUGAAAAAUUUAUUUGGACACUUCGGGAGUGUUGAUAGCUGAAAUAUGUAAUGAUGAACCGUCUAAAACUGGCUUAAGGUGUUACAGAGGUAUACAUUAUUUUAUGCUUAUUUAUCAGACUAAACAAAAAUAAGGGAAAUCAAUUUUAAAAUAUGUAACAGAAUUUUUUGUUGUCUACAUGGGACCAUCUGUUAAUUGCGUUUUAGUAUGUCAAGAGCAGGGUCUCUAUAGUUAAAAGUGGUUUUAGUUUAAACGUAGAUUAAAAUAAUAAUAGAAGAUCUUUUAAGGUCAUUACAAGAUUAGAUUGCGGGUAUGUGGUUCAGUGUCUGAAUGGUAUGAAUAUUUAAUUAAUGUUUUGAUUCGUAAAAUAAAUAAAUAUGAUAAAGAUGAGUGGAGUAUGUAUUUCGUUCUUUGCACCAAAAUUACAUUCUUACAAGCCACGUUAAGCCAUUAAGCAAUAUUAUUUAAACAUGCAUUAACAAUCUCUUUUUUUAAAGACCCUUGUAUUAUAGUACCAAGUAAUAUGCUAUGAAAUUAAGAUUAUUUUUAUUACAAGUUAUGAGCACUUACUUACUUACUUUUGUCAUAAUAUUUUUAUCAAUGUCACUGGAACUAAGAAACCAGUGUUAGACAUUAAUUGAUGGUCCCAAUGCAUUUUCACAAGAUACGCGACUUAUUGAGUAGUUCUGCCAAGAUUGACGGGCUGUUUAUGGUAUUUUAUUUUUGAGAGGUUAUAACGAGGCAUUAAAACCACUCUCAUUUCCGAUUGGACAAUACUUGCGCGCCAUGGCUGAUUUGAACAAAAAAUUCGUAUAAUAUUGGUAUAUUACCAAUAGUAUUUUCUACCCCACGACUCAUCAGUGAUAUGUGUAUUUCUGUAGUGCUGAAUUUAUUUGAAACAGUUCGUAGUUUAGAGAGAGAUUUAUUAAGAAUUUUCAAACUUCUAUGUUUAUCUAUAUUAUAAUUUUUUAUGCUUUGAAAAGACAAUUUAUAGGAGACAAUUUAAUAUGUGUCAGCCUGAAGUGAUAUUAUGAAUGUAGCAAAAAAAAUGUAUUAAAACCUAGAGUAUUAAAAAGUCUAUCAAUAGAGGAUAUAUUGUAAAGCAUAAAUAUAUAGCAAUAUCACAUUUAUCGCCUGUUAAAAUCGGACAAUAUGAACUAAAAGGUAUUUAAGGGAAAACUAUAAUUUUUGGAAAAAUUGUACCUUCAACUUAUUAAUUGUUUAACAAAAAUAUUUAAACCAUUGUUAACUGCGUCAAAUUUAAUUAAAUGUUCACAUUGCUACUACUUCUUCUAUAGACAAUAUGGGCCUAAGUACUAUUUACAUAUAACUAUCUAUCUAUAUGUAACUCUGUCAUAUAAAUAUUUAUUAGACGUAAAUAAAGAGAAAAGAAGAUUUGUUGCCAUUUCAACAACUUUAAACAGCUACAAAUAUCUUCCUUAUGCUUAUUUAUCCAAAAAGAGUUAUAUAGAUGGUUAAGUGAAAUAACGAAAAGUCAUAUGGACAAUUUUAUAUCUUGUUUGUAGGAAAUUUCAUGACAAAAUAUCUUGUAGAGUAGUAAAUAUCUUGCUUAUCUGAGAGUAAUCUUUGUAUCCAGACCUGAUCUCCGCUAAAUUCAGAACCGUCAUGUUAUUCCGUUCAACAUUUUAUACAGUCCAACUGACACAGAAUAUUGUAUAACUUCUUUAUUAUUUGGCCUUUAUCAUUUGUUUCUGAAAUAGUAGUUCAAAGAUAGAACAAUAUUAUGUAUAAAAGAUUUAAGAAAAUAAUUAUAUAAAUACAGUAUUACCACGAAUAUUGUAAGUGCACUUUGCCCUAUUAAAGAAUAAUAAAUUAGAGAAAAUAUAUUAGAAAGAUUAGUGUUGAUAUGUACCUAUACUUGUCUUCGUGGUAGCACUGUUUUGUCGAACACCAAAAAUGUUCAAUUUUUCACUUUGUUAACUAUACACUUCAGAAUGUGUCUUGUAAAUUAUUACUCUACCGAGUACUAUAAAUUCGAUGAAAUGAGAUCUUGCUAGAAAAAGUUCUUUGAUGAUUGUUUAAAGGCUAAAAGUCCAAUAAUGAGCAAAGCCUUUUAAAAUGCAUUGAAGUAAUUAAUACAAUUAGGUAAUACAGUUUCUUUAACUGACUUGAAAUGUUAUUAAUUAACUCCUAAUCUCUUUCUUUUUAAUUUUUAUUUCCAUUACAUUGAUUGAUAUAAGAAAUCAGAACCACAACGAUAUCAUAACUGCUUGCUUAAUAAAUGACUGCUUUCUUUAUAAAAAUUUUAAUGAUAUAUACAUACGAAUUUGCUAUGGUUUAAGAACUUACCUUUCCUACAAGCAACUAUUUUUCUACUUGGAAUGUUAGCAUUAUCCCUUUUUGAUGACUGUUGAAUGCUCAUGUUUUCUUUUUACUUAUUCUAAGUCUCGAAGUCUAAAACUAAGAAAUUAUCACAUUAAUAAAUUAAAGUUAAGAACAUUUCACAAACUUUGACUCAUUUUCUAAAUCCUUGCUCCUCUUUGUAGAUAAAGUAAAACUAAAAUACCAAGUUAUGACGAGAAAUAAAUAAAUAUUUUUGAAGAGAUUACAUAGUAUAUCUCUGUUGAUACAUUAUAUUUUUUGUUUAUAAAUGUAGCGAAAGUUUAUUAACGGGAAAUAAUAAAAACAGGACAAUUCUUUAAAUGCUUUCUUAUGAAUAAUUAAUAUUUACUACAGUAAUUAAUGAAAAACUAUUUUUUAAUGAACAACUUGAACAAGAUUACAGUGUUUAUUUAAAAAAAUGUCAAUAUUCAUAAAAUAUGUAGUCCAAUGAAGCAUAAAUUUAAUAACCCAUAAGAAAGUGAUUGUAUAUGUGAAAUAUUUGCAUAAUGUAUUGUUACUACAGAGUUAAAGAUGUAUUCAAAAUAAAAUAUAAACUGAAGUAUUCUUAUGAUUAUAUUGUAAUCAUAGUUCAAAAUAAAAAACAUCACCAUCACAAAAUGUUUGUUUAGCUUAAGUAUUUGAAUUGUAAUUAUGUAUAACUACAAAUUCUUUAUUUCGUGGUGAUUGCUUUUCUAUUUAUAAGCUGUAUAUUUGUCGCGGUUGCCAUUCCAUAAGCCUUUGAAAAAGGUAAAAUUCUUGUCAGUAGUUAUACUUAAUGAGUUGAAUUUAUACAGAAACUCUGGUUACAAUUAAUUUUUAUUGUAAAUUUGAUUGGAAUAAAUUUAAUUUAACUAUUA